UGCAAAGUAGAGUUAUCUUGACAUUGUUCAAAGCUGAAAGCAUUAAGCUUUAGCUGCAAAAUGCAAAAAUCAGAAUUCACAAAUAUGAACAAUGAAUUUGACGUUCAUAUGAUUUGAGGUGCCGUCUUCAACAAACAAUAACGACAUUCAAUCCAAUUCCAUCUCAAAGACCGAUUUUUUCCGCACACAAAAAAGCUUGAUCUCACCGACCCAGAUUGGAUCUCUCUCUCUCUCUCUCUUCCUUAGGCGUAAUUUGAUGAAUUUGAUUAUGAAACCAGGUCCUGUGCUAGAAAGGCAGCUUGUGCCCUGGCUUUGUUAUGCACCCAAGUGAGGUUAAGUAGUUGGUUUUGGUCAAAGAGUAUGCUGGAUUUGUUGUGGAGUAUAUAAAUGGCAAUAAUUCGACAUACAGAAGGAAAUGGUACAGAGUGAAUUGGAUUCUGACAAGGGCAACUUUGCUAGGAUCACUGGUGGCAACAGUGGAAGAGUAGGUUCUGUCUUUGGUAGAGAGCCUUCAUUUUCACGCUGGUGUGAUGCGGACGAAGAAGUCCAUUUCAAUAGGGAAUUAGGAAAUGCAAGGAGUGAUCUUGUGGACGAAGACCCUGGUUUUGAAUUAUUAUUUCAUCAGGAGCUACAAAGAGGACCUUUAGAAAGGGAGAGACUGUUUCACCUAAAGUUUCAGCAUAGCAUUUUGUAUGGUGCUAGUAACAUGGAUGAAGAUUCAAUUCAUCGGAGAGUAAAUGGAUCUGAGAAGCAUGUCCCUUUUGAUAUUGAGAACAGGCCUACAGGGGGACUGACUCAUGUUGACUCCUCCAUGUCCUUGGAAGAUCAUGGAUCUUUGGCGAAAAGCUCCCGCAAUCCUAUUUCUGUGGGAUAUAUUUUAAAGACCAUUUUUUUCAUUCUUAUUUGGUACACAUUCAGUCUAUGUUUGACCCUGUACAAUAAAACUCUAUUAGGAGCUGAUAUGGGGAAGUUCCCGGCUCCUUAUAUGAUGAAUACUUUCCACUUCAUAAUGCAAGGUGUCCUAUCAAAGAUUAUUACCUGGUGCUGGUCUCAUAAAUUUCAAACUGGUGUUGUCAUGUCUUGGAGGGAUUACUUUUUGAAAGGUAGCCUUUUCAUUGCUCUUUGUGAGCAAGGGACUCCUACUACGUUUGCUACAAUGUGUAAAUCUGGGGCUCCAAUUUUUCUCCUUCUGUUUGCUUUUGCAUUUCGGUUGGAGGCACCAAGCUAUAAACUAUCUGGCAUCAUCGUAGUCAUCUCUGUCGGCAUAUUACUAACAGUUGCAAAAGAGACAGAAUUUCAGUUAUGGGGGUUUAUACUUGUUAUGCUUGCUGCUGUUAUGUCAGGGUUCCGCUGGUGUAUGACCCAGAUCCUUUUGCAGAAAGAAACCUAUGGUCUAAAAGAUCCACUUACGCUUAUGAGCUAUGUAGCACCAGUAAUGGCAGUGGCAACUGCACUUCUCUCUCUUGCAUUAGAUCCAUGGCAUGAACUCCAUAACAACAAAUACUUUGAUGAUUCAAGGCAUAUUACUCAAAGUUUCUUCCUGAUGAUUUUAGGGGGCAUUCUUGCCUUUUUCAUGGUGUUAACCGAAUAUUUUUUGGUCUCAGUAACCAGUGCAGUCACAGUCACAAUAGCAGGGGUAGUCAAGGAGGCCGUCACCAUAUUGGUUGCGGUAUUGUACUUUCAUGAUAAAUUUACAUGGGUGAAAGGACUCGGUCUCUGCACUAUUCUGUUUGGUGUCAGUUUAUUCAACUGGUACAAAUAUCUGAAGCUUCAGAAGGGCCAUUUUGGUGAAGGCGAGGUGGCAGUGCUUCACACAACAGAUUCUGCUGGCAAAUAUGUUAUUCUUGAGGAGAUGGAUGAGCAGGAUAUCUGAAACCUUCAUAGCAACAUCUUCAAAUUACCUCUUGAUGCUUCCAUUGGAUUUGUGAUGUGAAGGUGCUUUCCAAGUUUGUCAGACCGGAGGAAACAAAUCGCCCGGCAAUGAUCAACAUUUAAGCCCAAUCAUUCAUCACUUCCAUUUUAAAAUUUUGUGAUUGAAUAUCUUGUAUUCUGUUAGUGUUUCAUCGGUAGAACAAAUUUUGGUAUUCUUGACUUGAGUUGUCAAGAUAUAUUUUGUAGAUUAAGGCAGCAGGGUGUAGUAGAUCAAAGGUUUAUUUUUGUUUUAAUGUAUCGAGUUACAUGUUACUAUUUUUUGUUCUUAUGUAAUAAAUGUAACUCUUUGAUUUUGUUUA